CUACUUCAAAUUCCAAGACCCCCCCACCCCCACCCCACUCCCAAAUUCUCCAAUUCAUACUGUUUUCUUACACAUAACGUCCAUUUCUAUACAUACAUAUAUACACACCAACGGCUACAGUCGUAUACGUAGAAGUGACUGCUUAAUUUGAGAGUGUAUAUAUAGCUGAAACAGCAGAAAUAAUAGGGAGAGGGGAGAAAAGGAAAAUGUCGCCAACGGUGGCGGCGUCGGCGGCGGAGAAACAGGCCGAGCAGCUGAGACAAGACGGGAACACUUACUUCAAGAGAGAUCGAUUUGGCGCCGCCAUUGAUGCUUAUACUGAGGCUAUUGCCUUGUGCCCAAAUGUUCCGAUAUAUUGGACGAAUCGGGCUCUUUGCCAUCGCAAGAGGAAGUAUUGAAUGGACAAGAGUGGAGGAGGAUUGUAGGAGAGCUAUUCAGCUUGAUCAUUAUUCUGUAAAGGCCCACUAUAUGCUUGGUCUUGCGCUGCUGCAAAGAAAAGAAUAUGCAGAAGGUGUUAGGGAAUUGGAAAAGGCAUUGGACCUGGGGAGGGGGGCAAACCCCAAGGGUUACAUGGUAGAGGAGAUAUGGCAAGAGAUUGCCAAAGCAAAAUACUUGCUGUGGGAACAUGAAUCUACCAGGCGCUCUUGGGAACUUCAAAACUUAAAAGAGGUAUGUGCGGCAGCUCUGAAGGAGAAACAUUUCCUUGAUGGUUCUCAAAUGGAAGGUUUUGUAGACGAAAGUGCCAAGUCUACUCUUGAUCAGUUGGAAGCUUUAGACCGAGUAUUCAAGAAAGCGGCUGAAGAUGACAGCCCCACUGAGGUGCCGGACUAUCUAUGUUGUAAAAUCACUUUGGACAUUUUCCGUGAUCCCGUGAUUACUCCAAGUGGGGUUACAUACGAAAGAGCAGUGAUCCUAGACCAUCUACAGAAGGUUGGCAAAUUUGACCCGAUUACCCGUGACCCGCUUUACCCAUCUCAACUGGUACCAAAUUUGGCCAUAAAAGAAGCUGUAAGAGCAUAUCUCGACGCGCACGGGUGGGCGUAUAAGAUGGAUUGAGUCUUAUGAUUUCUUCACCUUGUGAUGUUAUAUUUUUGUUCUGCGUCUCCAUGAUACUCAAUAGUGAGUUUUUACAUUGGGUUGGACUUGUUAGAGAAUUCUGAGGGCCCUAAACAUUGUGAUGACUGCAUGCUGCCAAAAUGUAUACUGCAAUGCAAAUUAGGUUCAUUUGUCGGAAAAUGUAUAGAGUAUACAACCGAGCUUGUACAGUAUUGUAGAAGACCUGUGCCUGGAGAUGAAAAUCAUCUGUCUAUUUGUACUGACCUUAAGCUAUUGUAUUCUCAGAUUGUCAUAACUCUUAUUAUCAUAACUUGGGUUGAAUUCAAAUUUUUCUGUCUGAAGUUAAAUUA